GUAAAUUACGCAAAAUAAGUUCGCUUUGAGAAACCCUUCAGAAUCCGUAGAACACUUCGAUUCCAAAUCAAAUAAUGGCCGGCAAAAAAAAGGCGACCAAACUGUGGGAACCUAUAGGCAAGGAUGAGUGGCAGACCACAACACAGGCAAUGCUCGAGGAAGGCGCAAAAGGACUAAAGGCGAUUCCCUCGCAAAGGAAAAAGCUGCUCAACUUUCAGUCCUUCAGUAUGGAAGAUCCCCGUUAUGGUACCGGCGAUGAGGAUGAAAGUAUGGAACCCCCUAUGCUUUCCACCUAUAAAAGACAAUUCUCCCAACCUUAUCCCAAUCGAUGCAAGCCACUGGCCCCAAAGACCGAGUCUCCUGAUUGGAUGUUCAAUCGCAUACCCAAGAAUGACUUCGAGUUUACAACGGGAAUGGACUCCAAAUUCCUUGACGAUCAUAUGCACCAUCUAACCGAGAUUCGAAAGCGAGUUAACUUCUUCAGGCAAUUAAGAAAUCAGUCUUUCCUUCAGUAUUAGCAGCUUAAAUUAAUUGUUGUCUUGUUUAAAAGUUUCAAUGACUGAAUUAAAAGACCUAAAGAAUGCUUUUUAACUAGGGCAUUCUCAGAGAAUA